AUGCUGCUCCGGUGGCCAGUCGACUUUCGCCAGCAGUCUAUUCCUAUCUUAACCGAGCCAGUCUGUAUCGACUUGAAGCUAUCCGGCAAUGAGCUCUAUACCCUUUCAGUAUUGAUAUCAUCUCCUGAGGUCGACGCAUGGAUUUCUCAGUACGGUGACAUCAGCGGAUGGUAUAGAAUUCAUUCUGCAUAUCUAUGGGCGCUUUUUGGCUGGGAAGCUUCUUGGUCGGAAGGAAGUAUAAUACUCCAGCGUAUUAUCCACAGUUUGAUGGAAGAUAAGAUCUGGGAUAUAUGGAGCUGUAAGUACGCGCAAGACAUACUGGCGAAGCCCGCCACCAUGGAGGCUGCUGUUUCCGAGGUGGAUAUAAAAGCCCCUAUCAAGACCUCCGCUAUACAUUCUAGUACCAAGAUGGAUAAGACUCAGAUGCUCAAGCCUAUUUGCCAUCCGCCAACUUCGAACCGAAACUUAUGGAGGGGCGCUUGUUAUUGCUAUUGCAUUACCUUCGCGAUCUUGGCUUUAAUAGGGGCUCUUGGCAUCGCAAUGAUAUUAUCGCAUUCUGUCAAUUGUGCUCAGCCGAAGGAGACAACCAUACACACUGUUUAUAUGCUUCAAGAAACGCCAAUAUCAGUCACCGAACCCGUACCUUUUAGCUUGAUUAAUUCUGUAUCUUUAUCUCUUACGCCUCUUGCUAUGGUUAUAAGAACAAUAGCUAUAAGAGCACAGGAAUCAUCGAUAGACCUUACGCCUUCUAUUACGAUCGGAUCUGAAGCUGUCUCUUUCCUACCUUUGCCAAUAGCCUCCGGUUUACCAACAGUUUCUUAUCCCGACCCUUUAAGAAAUAUAUUUCUUUCAGCUGGUACUUGUCCUGUAAUAUCACAAACACGGAAUACCGAGUCAAGUGGAGUAUACCUUGCAGCGUCAAAGCCGACAUUCGAUUCUACGGUAUCUGCUCCGCCUCCGCCUUUUGCUACACCUUAUCCAUCCGUGCAAUACGAGAUCAAUCCGCAUAUAGUAACUAUCGUCGCACCAUCAGUCAUCUUGUUGAUAUUACAGUCCAUCUGUGCUGUACUAUCGAGCUUUCUACUUAUCCAAGGGCUUAGAAGGCUUUGCAAGAAGAUGUACGAUUUUUAUACUCAGCCAGCUACCAGUACGAUUGAAAAUACGUUCUUUACAAAUCUCUGGAGUGAUGACGAUGCUAUUAGGCAAUGGGACGAUUGGUUGAGUCAAUCUAUUAGGAAUAUGUAA